AAAUGUUAGGCGAUUUGAGUGAUACCGGCUAUAUUAUGGGUUUUUGGUUCGCAAGUCAUUUACUUAUGUCKCAAGUCACGCAUUCGCCCAUUCAGAGACAAACUCGUUGUAGCACGAUACACUGUGCACGCAAUACAAACAAACAAAGUACUUAGCGGACAUUAAAUUAAUACAUUAUGGAAAGAAAAUUGCAUAGUGGAAUUCAUCAUCCAACCCUGCGAAUGCUGCAAGAAUCAGGGUGUGAAAUAACUCCACACAAUUUGAUGUACCCGAUAUUUUUGAUAAGCGAUGACGAUGCAAUCGAACCUAUUAAAAGUAUGCCAGGUCAAUCACGAAUGGGUGUUAAUCAAUUACGGAAGUUCAUAGAACCGCUGAUAUCCAAAGGACUCUCCUCAGUUCUUCUCUUCGGUGUUGUAGAUUCUUCAUUGAAAGAUGAUCGAGCUAGUAAUGCGGAUUCUGAAGUAAAUCCAGUGAUACGAGCAUUGCCUCUGUUGAGAAAGUGGUUUCCAAACCUUUUAAUAGCAUGUGACAUAUGCCUAUGUCCGUACACGAAACACGGACAUUGUGGUAUUCUUGAUGAAAAUGGACUUUUGAACGCACCGAGCAUUGUCCGUUUGGCAGAGGUUGCUGUUUCCUAUGGGCUUGCGGGAGCACACAUUGUAGCUCCUUCAGAUAUGAUGGACAAUCGUAUUCGUGCAAUAAAAGAAGCUUUGAUARCAGCAAACUUGGACAAUAGAGUGUCUUUAUUGUCUUAUUCUGCGAAAUUUGCAUCGAACUUCUAUGGUCCUUUUCGCGAUGCAGCGAAGUCYGCGCCAGCGUUCGGUGAUCGACGUUGCUAUCAACUUCCAAGUGGCUCCAAGGGGUUGGCUAUUAGGGCUGUUCAUAGAGAUGUUAUGGAAGGAGCAGAUAUGUUGAUGGUUAAACCGGGUAUGCCAUAUCUAGAUAUAUUGCGACAGRCAAAAGACACUUAUCCAAGUCAUCCGUUGUAUGUAUAUCAGGUUAGUGGUGAAUAUUCUAUGCUAUAUUUCGCUGCCGAGAAUGGUGCAUUUGAUCUAAAAGAUGCUCUAAUGGAGACUAUGAAAGGAUUUCGUCGAGCAGGAGCUGAUUGCAUUAUAACGUACUUCACUCCAACAUUGUUAGAUAUAUUAUCAGAACUCAAAUAGCAAAGAGUAAAUUUUACACUUAAAUGUCGAUGUAAAUUUAUUGACACCUAACCAUCUAUGUAUAAUUUCAUUAUACUGAUCGCCGAAAAUUAAAAAUAAAAUUUUUUAAUAUUACUAACAAACGAA